AUGUGGCAACCCUACACAGAAGAAAUUCAACGACUGCAACAAACAGCCGAAGACGCAAUCGAAAAAUUCCACUCAACAGCCCAAACAACAAGCCUAGCCCUCCUCAUAACCAGCCUCCUAAUAACCCUCCUCCUCUCCCUCAUAACCCUAUCCCUUUUCAUGCUCCUAAUAACCACAAACCCCGAUCUCUCUUACGAAAGAAAAUUCUACAUAACGCCUCUCAUGCGAGGUAUAACGCGAGUCGUGUUUUUCGGCUGGCAGAUUUUCGCUUUGGGGGGUUUGACUGCUGUUGCUGUGGGGUGUUGUUGGUUUUUGGAUCUCGGUUGGGUUUUUGGGGGGGUGAUGGUCGUGGUUUUGGGGGGGUGUUAUGGGGUUUAUUGGUCGGAUUUGGGGCCUGUGCCGCCUCCGCAUGGGGGUGAUGUUAAGAGGGGUGCUUGA